UUUCCUUUUACGAUUUGCCUUCCGCGACGGAGACUGACCUUUACGAGCGGCCCCUUCGUGCUGGGAAAGACGAACAGCCUGAAAAGAAUGGGCUGAACUUUCUCGCAGUCCCCUUAUAUCUGUGUGUAUCCCGUCUUUUGGGCACCUACUUAACAAUAACUAUGGAGGAUGAAUGCGGUGGAAAAUGAUACUGGCCACUUUACUCCAUAUCCCUCCUGCCUUGCUCAUGAAGAGACGCUACUUAUCUAUUGCCUACGCUGGUGAGAGUGAUGGACAACCCCUUUACCUUGUCCUCGUGCAGCAGCCAGCGUGGUGGGGGAGGCUGCAGCGUCAGGUGUCGCUCCCACGCUCUGUCGCCCCCCUGACCAGCCCCGACAGGCCAGCGUGACCGUGUUUGGCAAACUUUUUCUUCAUCGAGGAAGCCUUCCCUCUCACACCAUGAAAUGCAGUAUCGUGCCUUGCGUUCAAGCAGAAAGGAAAGGGAGAGGAAAAGAGAGAGUAAGCUCCAUUUUACAAACACAGAUGAAAACUUAACACGUAAUCUCUAAAAAUAUGCACUGAAAUAUCGUGGCAAACAGAGUCGAAAGGCGAGUCACACCCGGGUGACCAGCAGCGGCGGCGGCGGCGCGGGGUGGCGGGGCAGCUGCCGGGCGCCAUUCGGUAUAAAGGCCGGAGACUGGCAACGCACCGCCACAGACCUCCCGAGACCCGCUCACGAAGCAUCGCUCAAGAUGGUGUCCCGCGGCGUGAUUGUGGCGGCGGCGGCGCUGAUGGUGUGCGUGGUGGCGCCCGUCACCGCCGAGCCGGGCUUCUUCAAAGGGGGAUGCCGCCCGAAGGUCCAACACGUCCCGCACUACACGACGCUCUACCAGAAGGUGCCGGUCGUCCACAACGUCUACCGGGAGAAGAUUGUCCCCGCGCCUAUCUACCAGACCGAGUACAAGACCGUCUACCACACACAGUACCACACCCAGAUCGUGCCCAAGUACGUCACCAGCACCCUCUACAACACUAGGGUCGAAUACGUACCGGAGUACACCACGCAGUACCACACGGAGUACCAGCCCAAGUACGUCACCUCCACCCAGUACGAGCCCAAGUACAUCGCCAAGACCCAGUACGAGACCAAGUACCACACGAAAACCAAGUACAAGACGGUCUUCACCACGCAGUACCACCCCCAGUACGUGACGAAGAAGGACGUGCGCUUCGAGACCCAGUACAACACCCAGUACGUGCCCCAGUACCACACGGUCACCACGACGGACUACACGUACAAGACGGCGUGUCCUGAGUCCUCUUACAGCGGUUACUGAGGACGAUGAGCUGAGUUUCUUGAGGUGGCUACUGUUCCUCGCCUUGUAACAAACCUUCUUCGCUACCUCUCACAUGUCAUUAUCUCUUUCAGUUGUUUUCUUUAGUUUCUCAUACUUGAAACGCCGUGCUCUGGGUCAUCCUACAGCAGCUACAGAUGACGAGGACUGAGCUGAGUUGAGUGUCCUAGGGUGGUCAUUGCUCCUCCUUUGUCACCUCUCCCUCGGUCAUCAUCUUUUUUCGUUUUUAUCUUCCUUUCUCACACAAAGACUGAUCAUCCCCACAAAACGGCGUACUUGGUCAUCUUACAUUAACUACUGACGACGAUGACCCCGUACUGAGUGUCCUGGUGUGGUUACUGUCCCUCGGCGCCCUUGAUAACCCCCUCUCGUCCUCCUUCUCUUCUCGUCCUCCUUCUACAAGAGAGCAAGCAUAUCCUGAGUCAUCUUUCAUCAACUACUGAAGACGAUGACUAUGAAUUGAGUCUCUUGAGAUGGUCGCUCCUCGUGUCUCCUCCUCCGCCUCCACCCCCGUCAUCCUCCUCCCCCUGGUCAUCAUCUCUUGUCCGUUACUGUUCUCGUCCGUAGUUUUGUUAAUGAAUGUUGUUAUGAUAUGAAUACUGACGAUGACUAUGAGGAAAGUGUCUUUAUUGAGGUAACUACAGUCCCUCUUCAUCCGUGUAAAAUUAUUCUCCUCUUCUUCCUCCUUCCCUUCCAUGAUAGUUUACUCCAGUUGUUGUUUCCUCGUUUUUAUUUGUAGGUAAUAAUGAAAGUUGUUUACACUCUUCGCCCGUUUACUAAUCCUUCUCUUCUUCUUCUUUCUCCUCCUCUUCAUUCUCUUCCUCUUCCUUCUCCUCCCCUUUCAUGAGUAUUUCCUUCCGUUGUUAUUUUUCCGCUUCUCUUUGUGAUCAUGAAAGUUGUUUCUCUUCCUCGUAUAAAAAUUCCUCCUUUUUCUCUUUUUUCCUUAUCUUUCUUUCUUCUCUUCUUCCUUUUCCUCUUUCAUGAUUAUUUUCUUCCGUUGUUAUUUUUCCGCUUCUCUUUGUGAUCAUGAAAGUUGUUCCUCUUCCUCAUAGAAAAAAUUAUCCUCCUUUUACUCUUUUCUCCUUUUCUCUCUUCUCUUCUUCUUCCUUUUCCUCUUCCAUGAUCAUUUCCUUCCGUCCUUAUUUUUCCGUUUCUGUUUGCAGUGAUGAAAGUUGUUCCUCUUCGCCGGUAAAAAGAAAAAAAUCCUUCUCCUCCUCCUCCUCCUCCUCUUCCUUCUCAUCUUCCUUCUCCCGUUCCAUUCUCAUUUCCUUUCACUGUUAUUUUUCCGUUUCUGUUUGUGAUAAUGAAAGCUAUUCCUCUUCCCCCGUACACUAAUCCUUCUCUUCCUCUUCCUUCUCGUCGUCUUCCUUCUCAUAUCUUUCCUUCUCCUUCUCUUCCUUCUCCCUUUCCAUUCCCUUUUCCUUUCACUGUUAUUUUUUCCGUGUCUGUAUCCGAUAAUAAAAGUUGUGACAAUACUCUGGACUGACACCUGACUUUGUGUUCCCUGUUCUGACCACCCGGCUGACAGUGACUUGGCGGAAGGAGUGUUGAUUUAAGGGUGAAAAAAACAAAACAAAAAACAAAAAAAAAACAUCGGACCAUCUUGUUAUUAUUAUUUUAUUUCACUGUUUUGUUCGUCCUUUAUUUCCUCCUAUCUUGUGUACAGUAAUUGUUUUGUUUUUUUAUACGUUCUCGUGA